AUGUCCGCCCCAACCGUCAUCGCUUCCGACGGGCCACCGGCUGGCCCUCCCACCAAGUCGCUAUCCACUCUCCUCCCUCCCCGGAUUCUCCCCCCUGGCGUCGAGCAGGACUUGUUCCACGUCUUCGCCCAGCGGGUUGUUUCCGUCGUCGGGCCCUCCAACCUCGAGAUCAUCACCGCGGACACGCCGCUGGAGAAUGACGACUUCGGCGAGACCUGCUUCAAGUACGACCGCUACCGGUCCGCCGACAACGAGGCUCUCUUGGUCGGCUGCGCCGUCGUGCACCCGCGGCACGUCUCCGACGUCAAGGCCGUGCUCGCGCUCUGCAACUCCUUCAAAGUCCCGCUGUGGCCCAUCUCCGCCGGCCGAAACCUCGCGUACGGGGGCGCGGCCCCACGCGUGCCCGGCAGCCUUGUCAUGCGGCUGGGAACGCACAUGAACCGGAUCCUCGAGGUCGACACGGCGCACUUUACCUGCGUGGUGGAACCCGGGGUGACGUACCAGCAGCUGCACGACCACUUGAAGGAGAGGGGGCUGCUGGACAAGGUCAGGCUGGACACGCCCGAGGUGCCUUGGGGGAGCAUGAUUGGGAACGCGCUGGACCGGGGCGGGGGCGCGACGCCGUACGGGGACCACUGGGGCACGCACUCCGGGAUGGAGGUUGUGAUGCCGGACGGGGACGUGGUGAGGACAGGGAUGGGGGCGAUGAGCAGCCCGGAGGGAAGACGGGAGGCGGCGGAGGGCGUAUCCCCCGAGGACCAGACGCCGAAUUCGUGCUGGUCACUCUUCCCGUACGGUUUUGGGCCCAUCAACGACGGGCUGUUCAGCCAGGGCAGCAUCGGCAUCGUCACCAAGAUGGGCUUCUGGCUGAUGCCCAGCUUCCCCGGCGUCACCCCAUUCAUGGUGACGUACGCCCGCGACGAAGAUAUCCAAGCCGCCGUCGAGAUCGUUGGCAAGUUGCGAAUGCACCACGUACUCGCACAUGCCUGCUCCAUCCGAUACGUCACGCUCGACGGGGCCUUCUACUCGUCGCGAGCGACCUACACCGACUCGUCCAAGGACGUCAUCUUGACCAGGGAAGAACUCGACGCCAUGUGCGCGCGCAACAAGCUCGGCCGGUGGAACUUCACCGGAUGUGUGUAUGGCCCGCCCAAGAUACGCGAGCUCACCAUGCAGCUCAUCCGCGAGGAGAUCACCAAGCCGGAGGGCAGCAAGCUGUACACGUUGGAGGAUAGGACGGAGAGGCCGAGUAUGCUGCAUGCACGGGCACCGAACAUGGAGGGCCUGUGCAACACGGAUCAGCAGAAUUGGCUCAAGCAGUGGAUGCCCAACGCCGCCCACAUCCUCUUCAUGCCCGUGUCCCGCAUCGACGGCGGCUCUGCGAUGGAGCAGUUCAAGCUGGCCAAGAAGCUCUUUGCCGAGUACAAGAUGGAUUAUUUCGGGCACAUGGUUAUGUACCACCGGGACAUGCACAACGUCUCCUGCAUCGUCUACGACUCCGAGGACGUUGCCAUGCGGGGCCGUGCCUGGGCACUGGCCCGUCGCCUGAUCGAUGAGUGGCAGGCGCACGGCUGGGGUGAGAUGCGCACGCACAUCGGGCUGCACGACCAAGUGGCGGCGUCGUACGACUUCAAUGAUCGGGCGAUGCUGCGGCUGAAUGAGAAGGUGAAGUCAAUUUUUGACCCGAACGGGAUCAUUGCGCCGGGUAAGAGCGGGAUCUGGCCACAGGGAUAUGAUAGGAGCAGGUGGCUGAUGGGUAAGGAGUACAUUCACGGGUUUCCUGGGGUGGAGGCGGAUGUGUUCGAGAAGGCCAAGGCGGGUGCGCAUGCGACGAACGGUAGCAAGUUGAAGUGA